CUCUCUCUCAAUCCCUUUCGUAUAUACAAGUUACACCAAUUCUUCCCCUAUCCAAUCAAUUACGUUCAUGGCGUCCACCUCCAAGUGGUUCUCCAACACAGGUCUCAGACUCAGUCUUGGUCGCUCAAAGUCAAAACCCAGAUCAAGAUCCUCCAACCCCUCAACCUCUCCCAUGUCAUCAUCACCAUCUACCCCAAAGCCUAUUACCAGAGAGGAUGAACUGAGGGAGGUGUUCCGCCGUUUCGACGGCAACGGAGACGGCAAAAUAUCCGCCUAUGAACUCAGGUCGUAUUUCGGGUCCAUUGGGGAGAACUUGACCCACGAAGAGGCGGAAGGGGUGAUCCGUGACCUUGAUUCAGACGGAGACAAUCUUCUGGACAUGGAAGAUUUCAUGAAGCUGAUGACGAAGGAAGAAGACGAGGAUCUGAAGAAGGCAUUUGAGAUGUUCGAGUGGGACAAAGGAUCGGGGUCCAUAACACCAAAAGGGUUGCAGAGGAUGCUGCAUCGUAUGGGAGACGAGAAGUCGUACGAUGAGUGCGUGGCAAUGAUCAAUGCCUUUGAUGUGGAUCGCAAUGGAGUGCUGGAUUUCAAUGAGUUCCUUCAAAUGAUGGCCUGAGAUGUGUGUGUGCGUGUGUGUGUGUGUGAGCGCCAAAAUCAAACCACAAGUACAGUCCAUGGUAUCGUCUAUCUUUUGGAAAGUUGCUUGUUCAUCACCUCAUUAUAUAUUAUGUCCCACCUUCUGAACCUCUUUUUGCAAAUACGAUUAAUAUAGUAUGGAUUGAUCUUAUGUUAUUAAUUA